GACGCAAAAAUCCGGCAAGCGGACUAUAUAUAUUGAGCCGCAUACCAGUCUACGGUCAGUUGAAACGAGGCGGUGUUACCAGUCUACGUUCUCUUGGAAAAUCGACUCAGUCUUUCAAAUAUGUGGAUCUUCAGAUUCGAGUGUGUGCUGCUUCUCGCUGUUCUAGCACUAACUUCGGUGUUAUCCAGGAGCCAUGGCGGUGCACAUGGGGGAGGGCACGGAGGAGGCGGUCAUGGCGGCGGACCGCCCUCACACGGGGAAGGGCACGGAGGAGGCGGUCAUGGCGGCGGACCACCCUCACACGGGGGAGGGCACGGAGGGGGCGGACCGCCAGCCCACGGAGGAGGAGGGCACGGAGCUGGAGCACGUGGUGGUGGACGCGGCGGAGGACACGGGGGCGGACACGGAGGAGGGGGGCACGGUGGCGGAGAACACGGAGGCGGACAUGGAGGAGGGGGGAAUGGAGGAGGAGGACACGGGGGCGGACCCGGAGGAGGAGGACACGGGGGCGGACCCGGAGGAGGAGGACACGGGGGCGGAGAACACGGAGGCGGACAUGGAGGAGGGGGGACACGGGGGCGGAGAACACGGAGGAGAGGGACACGGGGGCGGAGAACACGGGGGCGGACAAGGAGGUGGAAAACAUGUUGCAAUAGAGUGCGCCGGAAGUGGGGAAGUCGGCGGCGGAGAAGGAGGUAGCCAUGGGGAGGGUGGCGGUGGGAGCGGUGGCCACGGAGAGGGUGGCGGUGGAAGCGGUGGCCACGGAGAAGGUGGCGGUGGGAGCGAAGAGGGUGGCCACGGAGAGGGUGGCCACGGAGAGGGUGGCCACGGAAUGGGUGGCGGUGGCCAAGGAGAAGGUGGCGGUGGCCACGGAGAAGGUGGCGGUGGGGGCGGAGAGGGUGGCCACGGAGAGGGUGGCCACGGAAUGGGUGGCGGUGGGGGCGGUGGCCACGGAAAAGGUGGCGGUGGGGGCGGUGGCCACGGAGAGGGUGGCCACGGAAAGGCUGGCCACGGAAAGGCUGGCCACGGAAAGGGUGGUCACGGAAAGAGUGGUCACGGAAAGAGUGGUCACGGAAAGAGUGGUCACGGAAAGAGUGGCGGCAGGAAGGGCGGUCAUCGAGCGGGUGGCCUUCAAAAGGACGGUGGUGAUAGCAGCGAAGAGAAGUAGUCCCGGAGAAGAAUGCGUAUGCAUCUAACCGCAUCACACCUCAAAGGAAAGACGCAGAGAAUGGGGCCAGUAUCCGAAAUGGACAAUCGAAAUUCAGACGUCUAUGAAAAAUAUGUGUUUCUGUGAGGCACAUCAUGUAGACGUGCAUUUUAUUGAAAUGCAGACAUGCAUUUUAUUUAAAUGUCGUCUUCCCUGUACGCAUUUGUAUAUACUUCAUAAUCACAUAUAGUAUUUAAUAUUUGGAAUCAAAAUUAUGAUAUUAUGGGUCAAGCUUUAUGAUGUUGGAAACAUUAGUAUGUCCCAAAGUGGCACGCGAGUUGGGUUCGAUGGUUUAACGACACCCCAGCACGAAAAAUACUUCGGCUAUUGGGUGUCAAACUAUGGUAAAUGCAAACAUAAUGAGUGGGGUUGGAUGGAGAAUGCAAAUGUAUGUUACUUCCAUUGUCGUGGGGGGGGGGGGGGGGGGGAGGUCUUCAAUUUUAAUUAUCAUGUCAUGUCAGUGAUUACUUUUCUUCAGUAAUCUGCCAUUUGAUUUUGGUCUGUUUCAGUUGUGUGUCUUUCUCGUUAUGUUCACUGAACCCCACCCACAGAUGUAACCCUGUAACUGGUACAGCUGCGUAUCUACUUAUUUCUCAAUAGUUCGCGCUGUUUAAAGGCCCCCUCUUAAUUUGCAAUCAACCAUUCGCCAAAAAAAAGCUUAAAAUUCGAAGAAAUAUUUAAAAUAUAAAGUUAGGUAGUAUUAUUCUAGAAUGUUUUUCUUUUCUUCUUCUGUUGUUUUGCGGCUGACCUGAGCGAUUUGAAUAGUUUAAUUGUAUUGACAAACACAACAAUAUGAAUAUUCAUGGUCAUUUGUCGUAAUUAUAUACUAGUAUGUGCUAUUAAUAUCAGCCACUUUGGGACAUACAAGAAAGGAAAGUUUGUAGAACGUCACUCCAGCUCACUGUGUAAUCAGAGAGAAUGAUGUUUAUGAAAAAAACUUACGUCACUACAAAUAUACUGAACAAAACAUUUUUAUUGCCUAUCUUGACAUUGGCGUAACAUAAUACAUGGAAAGCACCCCCCUCAAUAACUUCCUAAAUUAUACAGCAAAUACAGAUAUAGUGAAAGUAAAUUAAAGUAAACAAACUAUUUGAAAACAAUGACACCAACAUAAAAGACGAAGGUGAAGGUUGACCUACUUGAAGUCCAACCGGUGUUAAUAUAAUUUUCACCACCGGUGUAAAGGAAUUAUGUUCCUCGUAUAUUUGCGUGACUACAGUUUGAAAAAAUAGCAUCUAUGCUGAUUCUAUACUGGUAUUAUUUAUAAUAAAUUAUUAUUUGUUUUCAUA